AUGGUGGAUUUCCGCAAAGUUAUUGGAAUUAUCCUAGUUGUCAAUGUAGCACUUCUUUUAUUUUUCCACAGUUCUGGCACUGGAUCUCCUAUAUCUUACCAACAAAAUCUUGCUCCUUUAUUUGAAGACAAAAAACCAUGGCCAGUUUAUCUAUCACCUCAAUGGGAUGAGUACAUUUCUAGCUUAAAUCUUACAGGAACCUUCCAAAACAUAAUAAAAGACUCAACCUACUGCGACAAAGUCAAGGAAUUCCAAGAAAAAUAUCCAAUUCCCCUUGGUCCUGAUAAAAUGCCAUCAAAAGAGAAUCGAGUUGUUUAUGCUGACUACACAAAAACAAUGUUUGUCCACAAAGUCGUCCAGGAGAAAUCAAGGACUGUUUUGACAAACCAUUACUCAGGAAUGAAAGACACCCCUGAUAAAGAAUACUUGAGGCCUGACAUCACAAUGUUUUAUCAUCUCACAAGUGGAUAUCACAGGAACUUCAAAAUUGGCAGCCAAUUUUUAUGCCCUGGCCAGCUUUAUAACCACAUACCUGGGAAUGCUUAUUUAAAUUUCAAAGAUUUAACUGCUUUAGCAUUCAGAGAGUAUGGGAAAUAUUAUGAAGGAAGAGAAGAAUGCUUUAAUCCUUGGGCCGUGACGCCUCACACAUUGGUAUUAAAUGACAAAGAACAAUGCGAAGAAUUCGUUGAAACAUUGAAAAACGACGCUAACCCAGACAAAAUCAAAUGGAUUUAUAAGAAAGCUAGAUACAGUCAUAAUGGCAGUGGGCUACAAGUAGUCGACUCACAAAUUGCAAAAGAACUUUUAGAACUCUACAGCAAGCCUCAAGGCUGUGACAACAAAGACGACAAAUACCUUGCUCAAAAAUACAUCCCAAACCCUUUCCUUAUAAAUGGUAAAAAGUUUGAUUUCAGGGCUUAUAUGUUUAUUGCCAGCACAGACCCUCUUAUGAUUCUAUACCACGAUGGAUUUCUCAGAGUCUCGAUGGCAGACUAUGACGAAGACUCCACAAACCCAGCUGCUUACCUUACGAACACCCACGUCACAGAAGACUAUUUGAAAUCCCAAAACAUGACCCAAGAAGACUACAACCGGUUCAUGGAAGACCAAGGCUGGGACUUUGACCACUUCGAAAGAUACAUGGUAAACAACGGUUUUGUUGACAAAAACUGGAUGAAUAACUACGUGAGGAGACACAUCAAAUGGGCAAUGCUGCAUAUAGUCAGGAUGAAUUUAGACCAUUUAUUAAUCCACCCUGGUGUCUUUGAGAUAUAUGGCUUAGAUUUCUUAUUAGACGAAAAUUUCAAACUGUGGUUCAUUGAGCUGAACUUGACACCUUCAAUACAAGGGACUUCUAAAGAAAAAGAAAAAGUCAAUAAGAAGUUUGUAAGCGACCAAAUCGACUUAGAGUACGCCAGAAUGUAUGGGGCUGAUUUCGAUGGGAUUUUAAAGACCACAAAUUUCCAUUGGAUUUUUGACGGCAGAAAAAUUGGGAUGGAGAGGUACCAUGGACUGGUUACUCCAAACUGCGUUUAA